UUUGGUUUUUCUCAUAUGACUUCGUCGUCGUCGUCGUCGUCGUCAGCGGCGGCGUCGAGUGGCGUCACUGCUGCGUCGUUCCAGCAGCACUACUUGUACCUCUCGCCCGAGUACCCUCUGCGAUUCACUCCGCCAGUCGAGCGGCAAGCGAGCGUGUUCUUUGACGAGAGCAAUCGACAGGUCUUUGCUGUCCGGGACAAGGACAACACUACGGAAGUCACAGUGUUUGCUGUCAACAAGUCCAACCCGAUGCGGUACAACAUCCACGGCAAGGGUAAUAUCGUGUCAGUCAAGUUCUCGCUCGACCAGAAGAUUCUCACGGUUCAGAAAACUGCCCGCGACAUUGAUUUUAUCAACAUUAACGAUCGCACAGAGUUUACCUACUCGUGCAAAAGCAAAAGCGCCACCCAAAUCAUCGGAUUUCACUGGACUUACAUGAACGAGCUGGUUCUUGUCACGACGCAAGGCAUCGAGUUAUUCAAGCUCGAUCCCGGGAAACAAUCUCUCAAGCUGAUCAAGGCGGUCAGUGUUGCGGUCAACUGGUACAACUACUCGCACGAGCACCGUAUCUUGCUGGUUUCGACCUCGCUGCAAGCCAACGUCAUGUAUGGGUUUCACUUCAAGUCCGGAGCCAUGACUCGCUUGCCACGAUUCGACGUCGAAUUGCCCGCUUCUUACAAUAAAGUUCAGCCUCGCCUUCACGAGUCCGACCUUACCAUUGCUAUGGUAUACGGUCGCUUGUACUGCCUGCACGUUCGCAGCACCGGAUUGUCUCCAGAUCAACAUCAUAGCAGCGGCUCUGCGGAGAUUGUCCUCUAUCAACUCACGCGAGAGGCCGUCACGAAAAAGGCCAUUCUCGACUUGCAGGUGGACGGCAAGUUUGCCAUCAACGUGGUCGAUAAUGUGAUUGUGGUGCAUCGGCAAGAAUCACGCACGUCCAUGCUGUUUGACAUUCGACUGCCUCCGCGCGAUGUUUAUUCCUCCAAUGGCCUGCUACGACCUGUUUCGCCCUCUCCCUACCGAACCGCAUCUCCAGUCGCUUCGCCAGUGUCGUCCACUCAUCCGUCGUUGCUCGGCAAUGCCGCCAUGGUGGCGAGUGAAGUGCCCAUCUUCGAUCAUGUCCUCGCUCCGCUGUCCAUCGCUCCUUUCCGUCUCCGGAAUGAAAUCAAGGGCGAUCCGUCUGCCGACAGCGCAACUACUGCUGCCAACCCAAUCGACUGCGAACUUUAUGCGGUCAGCUGGGUGGUAUUCCAGCCAAAUCUUGUGAUUGAUGCCAAGCUGGGUGUUCUGUGGCAGCUUUCAAUCAAGUUGGAUGCAAUCGUCAAUAUGAUUUCAGACAAGAAUCGACUCGUAGACUUUUUGCUGCGGCGCACAAAUUCAAAGCAGGUGCUGCUUCAAGUUUGCAGGACUCUGCUGGAGGAAGCCUCCCCUUCUUGGCUGUCCACCAUUUCCAUUGUGUUUGAUCAGCUCAACGCCGUGUACAAAUCCAGCUCCAUCGGCACAGACGGCCUACCCCUGCCAGAACAGCAGCCCGCCAUGUUUAUGUCUGCCGCUGCGCGAUGGCUUUCGACCUCCACAUCCAUGUCGGCCGCAGCCGCCUCAAUCGCCGCCUCAUCGGCAACUGCCUCCACAACACUCGCGUCUUCGUCACCACGCUCGGCGUCGAUCGGUUCUGGGACGAUCGUCGUCGCCAGCGAGCAGCCAAUGUCGCAGACAAACCUGCUGGCUGGACUGGAUGCAGAUGCCGCCUUUUCGGACGCUGCACUCUCCGGCGGCACCGUUGUUGAUGCUCGAACCAGCUUGCAACGCUCUCUUGGAAAGGGCUGCGUCGUGAUUGACCAAGCGGACAUGUUUUCGGCCGUCUUCCACCCGCUCGAGGAAUCCAAGGACUUCAAGUACCGUUCUUUCGUUGCUGUCCUGGUCGAGUACAUCCGAUCGCUUAGCGUGUUCAAGAUCCCGGUUCAGCAUUACCUUUACGAGCUGGUCAUCAACUUGCUGGUGCGCAACAACCGCUACUACCAGCUUCAUCAGUUCCUGCAGUAUCAUGUCGUCAAUGACUCAAAGCAUGUGGCGUGUCUGCUCUUGUCGCUCGAGAAUACGUAUCCACCAGCCUAUCAGCUUGCAUUGGAUAUGCUCAAGCGCUUGCCAAACUCGGAUGCCGAGAUUGUGGACGUGUUCUUGUCCAAGGGCGCUGUUCUGGGUGCCUUGAGGUACAUUCGCAGCCAAAAUCUCGAGUCGACCGCCGACGCUCGGCAGUUCCUCGAGGUGGCCGUCAGCACCAAGGAUGACAUGCUCUUCUACACGGUCUUCAAGUUCUUUGAGCAACGUAACAUCAAGUAUCGCAAGUCGCCCGAGUUUACAAAAGACGAUCGCUGCGAAGCGUACGUUCAACGUUUCCAGGAGCACUUCCGCUCGGGACCACACCUUACGCAGUUCCAGUCUUGAUUCCCAAGCCAUGUGUGAAGGACGGAUGCUCGUUCGGGGGGUUUCACUGGCUUUGUUGUUGCUGUUGUUGACGGGGUCUAUCGAGAGUGUUGAACUGUGGUUCAUUUUCCUAUUGUGUGAAUUUCAAGUGGUU